UGCUCGCCAGCCCUGCGCCGCGUCGGAGAGCGCAGUGGCGGCGGCGGGAAAGGGCUGCGGACCCGCGGCGCCGCGUCGCACUCCUGACGACGCGGCCCCGGCCUCGACGCCGUCUGCCCACUCCUAGAACAGGGGAAGAUUAAAUGAGAUAAUGCAUGUGUGGUAUUUUAUUUAUGGGAAAGAGAUGCCCUGUAUUGUGGACGUGAGUAUUCCAGGUACUGAAAUGAACACAUGUGGACAUGUAACCAGAUAUAACCUUUAAAAUAUGGAGUGUGGCCUGCUUUAUAAAAACUUGGCAUGUUUGGAUUAGAGGUUUUAAAUCAAGGUAAGAAGACAUUAUGUUGGAUAACAGGAAGAGCUGUAGAAUUUGCAGGUAUCAGCCGUCACCUUAAUAAGCACAUUGACAGCAUCAUUGCCAGACAGAUGGCACAUGUGGCUGGUUGCUGCCAUAUUGACAUUGCAGUUCUGGAAGAUGGAGAGAACUAUGAUACAAUAAAUUUAAUUAGAAGGUCCUUUUACUGCUGGAUUGUGCAAGAUAUUUAACCCUGUUUUCUUUGAGGUAUGACUUAAAUAUCAAACAUCUUAAUAAGAAAAGGGAAACAUUUUAGUUUUGGAAGUCAGAAUGCCAAGGAGAAGGAAAAGUCUUGGGGGAAAUCCUUUUCGGAAGACUGCAAACUCUAAGGAAGUUGUAUCCAGUGUUACUAGUCAUGAGGAGCCAACCACUACUCUUCCUUCCAUGUAUGAGACAAAAAUUGAUCAGGAAGAACUCUUCACCAGUAUCUCAGAGAUGUUUUCUGAUCUGGAUCCUGAUGUAGUGUAUUUGAUGCUUUCUGAAUGUGAUUUCAAAGUUGAAAAUGCCAUGGAUUGUCUGUUAGAAUUAUCUACCACUGAUGCUAAGAUAGAAGACUCUUCUUCAAAAAGCUUAAUUUCUUCUGAGAACCAAGUCAGCGCAGCUGGUUGUGCAAUAAUGGAAAAGUGUCCUCCUGAAGAAGAGAGUGAAGAUUCAAAAAUGGAUUCAUUUUUGGACAUGCGGCUAACUGAAGACUUGGAUUCCUUAAUACAGAAUGCUUUUGAGAAAUUGAACUCUUCUCCUGAUGACCAAGUCUACUCAUUUUUGCCUUUGCAAGAUGUUAAUAGUUUUAGUGACCCGAGUGCAUUUAUAAAUUCAGAUUCAAAUAAUACGACUCCUAUUCUUUCUACCCAAAAUAUGGAUUUGAACAAUGAAAAUUUAGAGAAUCCUGCCUCUGCAUUAUGUUCAAAUUCCUUAACUUCACGUUCAGUUUCAGAUGAGUCCAAAAGUUUUACAAAGGAUAAUACUUUGGCAUUGGAAGAUUCUCUUCUUACCAGUUCUUUAAAUGUAGCAAAUGAUGCUAUGGCAAGUUGUAGCAGUCAAAUUCAGAAAGAGAUUUUAGAAUCUGAGUGUGCUGAGACUCAGUUCUCUCAAGCCCCUGUGGGUGUGGAUGCCGGCGAACCUCAGGCUCCUUUAAACCUUACUGUGCAAAAUCCGGGGCUUGGUUUACUAAGUACAGGUGGAGAUCAGAAAUCUAUUUCUGUCCCUGAUGUGUUUGUACCUUCUGAAGAAUUCAGUUUCCAGCCACACAAACAUACUGAGCUGCCACCGAAGGGGAAGGAUGUGAAUUUCUGCCCAGUGCUUACCCCUCUCCCUCUACUGCUGCCGCCGCCACCUCCUCCACCGAUGUGGAAUCCGAUGAUUCCUGCUUUUGACCUCUUUCAAGGAAACCAUGGCUUUGUAGCUCCCGUUGUAACCACAGCUGCACACUGGAGGCCUGUCAACUAUACAUUUCCAUCCCCGGUUAUUUCUCACACUUCCCCAACAAAAGUAUGGAGAAAUAAAGAGGGAACAAGUGCUUAUCAAGUACAAGAAACUCCAGUUUCUCAGGUUGUAAGAAAGAAGACAUCAUCUUAUAUUGGACUAGUUCUUGUUCUUCUCAGAGGGCUUCCGGGAUCAGGAAAAUCUUUUUUGGCAAGAACUUUGCAAGAGGAUAAUCCGAGUGGAGUCAUUCUUAGUACUGAUGAUUAUUUUUACAUAAAUGGACAGUACCAGUUUGAUGUAAAGUACUUAGGAGAAGCUCAUGAGUGGAACCAGAAUCGUGCAAAAGAAGCAUUUGAGAAGAAGAUAUCUCCUGUAAUAAUAGAUAAUACAAACCUACAGGCAUGGGAAAUGAAGCCAUAUGUUGCUUUGUCUCAAAAACAUAAAUAUAAAGUUCUUUUUCGGGAACCGGACACAUGGUGGAAAUUCAAACCAAAGGAACUUGCAAGGCGUAAUAUUCAUGGGGUAAGCAAAGAAAAAAUAACAAGAAUGUUGGAACACUAUCAGCGUUUUGUUUCAGUGCCAAUAAUCAUGAGUUCUUCAGUUCCAGAGAAAAUCGAACGUAUUGAGUUGUGUGCAUAUUCUUGUGAGGACAGUACUAGCCCGAGAGACAAUGAAGAUAUUACCUCUGAAAAAGAAGAAAAUGUUUUAUCCUUAUCUUUGAAGCACCUGGAGUUAACUGAAGAGAAGAAACUUGAAGUGACCAAGGAAACUAUGUUGCCUGAGAAUGUUACAUAUCUCCCUAAUGCAGAUUUAAACAGAGGAAGAAACGAAAUAAGUGGCGUGAACUCUAACAUUCAGAGUGCUUUCAUUCAGGAAUUUCCAGACACUUGGUUUUCUGAUUCUGAAAGUAAAGUACGAGUUACAGAUAAAAGUGAAAAAGAAGAACAAGUAAAAAUGGCUUCUGAUAAAGAGUGCAGUAAAACCAGUGCAGAUAGUUCUGAAGAAGGAGUGUCACCGGGUACUUGCUAUGGUGAAAAUAGUCAAGAAGACUGUGAUCUUUCAAAUACUGUGCCACCUCAAAAUGAAAAAUCUCCACCUGGUGAAAUGUGGGAAGAAAGAGCAACAGUAAAGAAAAAAGCCUUUGGAAAACAAAAAAGCAAAUCAACUUUGGAAAAGUUCCCAAGACAUGAGCUGUCUUUUGUUGGUGACUGGCCAGUGGAUAAAACUAUUGGUCAGAGGACAAAAAGGAACCGAAAAACUGAAAAGGCUUCAUCUGUACAAAGUGACAAAAAGUAUAAUCGCCCUCAAUCACGCAAAGUGGUAGAUAGCAGUUUAUCUGUGAGUAUAGAUUGUAUCCAGCAACAAGGCUCUCCACAUGAAAAUGUAGAGGAUGACAAGUCACAGUGUGAUGAUGCUUCAGAAUCUUUCAAUAGCAGUAAAUAUGAUCCUUACAAAAAUACUGAAAAAGACUCAUUCAACAUUGUGGGAGACUGGCCUUCAUCUGAUUCUUUAGCUCAGAGAGAGCACAGAUCAAGAAUGCCAAAGGCUAGCUUAAGUGAACCGCACCUAGAAUUUGGAACAAACAGCAGUAUGAAUGAAAUAUCCUUAUACACAGCACAUGAGGCCUGUUGGGGCACAAGCCCUGAAGAACUAAAAACGCUGGGUAGUAAUUCCCUAGGAAGUUCUGAAAUGCUGUCCAAUGAAAUGAGCCAUGAGAAUAAGUCUUGUCCAGGUAAACAGAUUCAUACACAACACACAUUGCCUCUCACUUACACCAAUAAUGUGCCGACUGUUCCUGGAGGAGUAGGACCACAGCCUUCAGCUGAAUUUCCGGAAGAAAAGUGUAAAGAAGUUCCUGGAAUAGGAGUAGGCGUGUGUACCCAGACUGAACCACAGGAUUUUGCCCUCUUAUGGAAAAUAGAAAAGAAUAAAAUUAGUGUUUCAGAUUCUCUGAGAGUAUUAACAGGAAGAUUAGAUGGAUUUAAACCAAAGGCUUUCAGUAUUAACACAAAACUAGAUGUUCAAGAUACAAUUCCAUAUAGGGUAAUGUAUGACAAAAGCACAUACGUUGAAGAAAGUGAGCUUACUAGUGCUGAUGAGUCUGAAAAUCUUAACAUUCUUUGUAAACUGUUUGGAUCCUUUUCUUUAGAAGCCCUAAAGGACUUAUAUGAGAGGUGUAACAAAGAUAUUAUUUGGGCCACAAGCCUUUUGUUGGAUUCUGAAACUAAAUUAUGUGAGGAAACAGAAUUUGAGAAUAUCCAGAAAUCGUAUGAUGCAGCACAAAUUGGGCCAUUUUCUCUGGGACUGAACUUGAAGGAAAUUAUUAGCCAAAGAGGAACUUUAGAGGAUUCCAGUUCUUCUGUGCCAGAAUUUAGCCAUGGAAUUGGUAUCAGUAACACUAAUGUACAGUCUUCCUGUAAUUCAGAAAAGGAAAACUCAGAGCAGGCAGAAAUGAGAGCUAUAACUACUGAAAAACCUGGAUUAAUAACAAGUAUAUUUCCUAACGCCACUGUAGAUCUAAAGAAUACUAAUGAAGUACUUCCUAAUAGUCAGGCAGAACUUUCAGGUUUAUGUAGCAUUAAGCAGUUUUUUCCAGGUACUCUGAAAGCUACUACCAUUAAAAAUGUGAAUGAAAUGGAAAAGCAUCCAGAAGUCACAGAGGUUGGAGACAGUAUACAUUCUUCUUUGAAUUUGUCUGAUAUUUUAAACUCUGGAUCAAACACUUCAAAUCUUGAAUUGCAUGAAGAAACUUAUUUUACUGACUCUCUUGAAAUAAAUAAAAAUGAAAAUCUUCCAAAGGAUUAUGUGAAAUUUCCAAACACAGAAGAAUUUAUGAAUGAAGAUGAACGGGAAAUGGAAAAAAUUCUAAUGGCAGGGAAUACUUUGUCAGCUGAAGUUACUGAAGAAGAUAAAACUGAGAUGUUGACUUCUACACCCACGAUGGCCAGAUCUCUGACCAUAGACUGUCUGGAAUUGGCAUUACCCCCUGAACUGGCUUUUCAGCUCAGUGAAUUAUUUGGCCCUGUUGGUAUUGAUUCAGGGUCCCUAACAGUUGAGGAUUGUGUGGUUCAUAUAGAUCUGAAUCUGGCUAAAGUGAUUCAUGAGAAAUGGAAAGAAUCUGUAAUGGAGCGACAGAGACAGGAAGAGGUAUCCUGUGGCAAGUUAAUGCAAGAUCCUUCCCUGGUUGGGCAUGUUGGUCUUGAUAAUCCUGAACAAAAAUCAUCUCAGAGAACAGGCAAAAAAUUACUGAGGACUUUAGCAGCACCUGAAAUGCUACCCUUAUUGGAUCAUUGGAACACUCAAACUAAAAAAGUAUCGCUCAGAGAAAUAAUGUCAGAAGAAAUUGCCUUACAGGAAAAGCAUGAUUUGAGAAGGGAGCCACUUACGUUUGAAAAAGAUUGUGCCACUAAACUAAAGGAGAAGCAGCUCUUCAAGAUAUUUCCAGCCAUUAACCAAAAUUUUCUGGUGGACAUUUUCAAGGACCACAACUAUUCAUUAGAACACACAGUGCAAUUUCUAAAUUGUGUUCUUGAUGGAGACCCUGUAAGAACAGUUGUAGCGCAAGAGUUUGUUCACCAAAAUGAGAAUGUCGCUUCUCAUGCUGCACAGAAGUCUAAAGAGAAAAAGGUAAAGAAAUUGAAAGAGACUGAAGAUACAUCAAACGAACCAUCUUUCCAGGAUUUUGAGUACCCAGAGUACGAUGACUACAGGGCGGAGGCGUUCCUGCACCAGCAGAAGAGAAUGGAAUGCUACAGCAAGGCAAAGGAAGCCUAUCGGAUGGGGAAGAAGAACGUGGCCACGUUUUAUGCCCAGCAGGGUAGUCUCCAUGAGCAGAAGAUGAAAGAAGCCAAUCACCUUGCUGCCGUGGAGAUCUUUGAGAAAGUCAAUGCCUCCCUGCUGCCACAGAAUGUUUUAGACCUCCAUGGGCUGCAUGUGGAUGAGGCUAUAGAACAUUUGACAACAGUUUUACAGCAGAAAACUGAAGAAUUUAAGCAGAACAGUGGCAAGCCCUAUCUCUCUGUGAUUACGGGGAGAGGAAACCAUAGCCAGGGAGGAGUUGCUCGCAUCAAACCAGCUGUCAUCAAAUACCUCACAAGCCAUAGCUUCAGGUUCUCUGAAAUUAAACCAGGGUGCUUGAAAGUCAUGCUAAAGUAAAAUAAACGUCCUUGAUUUAAAAGUGUGAAGGUUUGUAGGUUAAAAUUAGUUUUAUUUGCAGUAGUCAAUUUUACAGUAAACCUGUGUUUUAUUAGAAAUAAUGUCCAAUUAUAAAACAGAAAAACAUAAUGUUUUUCAAAACUCAAGAGAAGUUUAAUUUUUUACUGAAUCAAAUGCCAAAUUUGUCUGUUACAAAUAACUAAAGAGAAUUUUUAUUGAUUACACAGUAUCUAAGAAAAUUAUCAGCUGCAGUUUUAAAGUUUGAAAUGCUCUGAUUCUUUCUCAGACAAAAUGUUACCUUUGUAUUAAUUGUCGUUUGACAUUUAGUGAAGUCUUAAAGACUUCUAUGAGAGGUGUUUUAAGUGCUUUGAGGCCUGGUUCAUGCCCUUCAAAGGCUUGUAUGAAAAAAAGUAGUAGUAACUGAAGAAAGGAGAUCUAACAAAAACACUUGAGUACUUUUUGAUUUCAAAAAAUACAGAAAAAAUCAUUUUGCCAUGUCCUACAGGAAGGAAGACGUGCUGUUGUACUUUCUUCUGCUGUGUAUAUAAUCUUGAUCUCUUACCUUUUGUUCCUUUGUUCUGUGUGUCUGCAUUUUCUAGGAGUAAAAUUGGGGUCUGAGCUUAUAUUGCAGUUUUAUACCUUUCAUAGGCAAAAAAGUUUUCAGAGAAGGAGAAAUGGUUAGAUGCCUACCAACUGUUACUGUCUUCUAGAAUUGCUUCAAGUCUCAUAGAACUGUCUUCUGUAAGUGGUAUUUAAGACGGUACUAAAGAGCUAUAUUUUAUAUUUGAGGCAUGUAAUUUCUAAACUGCAGUAAGUCAGAAUCCUAUUGACUUAAAACAAAUAUAGAAAACAUUUUUUUAUAUAAUCAUAAAUUCUUACAAUUGAAAAGUUUUUUACCUUUAUUUUUAAAAAGAGCCAACUUUCUGAAAGGAAACUUUCAUUUACUUCUGGUUUUUGGUGAGCUGAAAAGUCCUGUUAGUAUGUCAGUUACAAUUUCCUUACACAAGUUUAACGUGGUAAAGUAUAAUUUUUCAGUGUAAGACACUGGUUUAAAUAAAUUGAACUUUGGAUGUGGGGGAUAUCUUAAACAUAUAUAAUUUUAGCAAACAGUUGUGUUGCUUUUUGAUAAGCUUAAAAAAGCAUUUGGAUCAGGAAUUAUAGGAUUCAGCUGUUACUGAAAGAAUCCUAAAUUACAGAAUGGUUUCCCAAAAGAACAGACAUUUUAAUGAAAAUAAAACUCAAAAAAACAUUUUUAUAUAUCAUGAAAGCAUGCUUGUAAAAGAAGUGCCACAUCAUUGAAUUUAUUCCCACAAAAAUAAAAAUAUAUGUUUAUUACUUAGAAAUAGUGACUGGUAUUGAAGUAUUCACAUUAUGUUUAUAGUAAUUUGUUUAAAAAAUGCCAGCAAUUUGGCACGUUUUUUGUAAUGUCUAGAAGAGUUGUAUACAUUAAAAAUAAAGCAGUUCUUUUCAACAACUUAUUAUAAAACUAUAGUUUUUAGUUAAUGAAAUAAAAUAUUUCUGUGUAUAAAUUGAUAUGAUUUAAGAAAUGUGAAUAACAAUAGUGAAACCUAGAAUUAUUCGAGUGUGUACUGCUGCAUACUCAUUUUCUAUGUUUUUGUCUUUCCUCACCUAGUUAAAAAAAAACAGCUUUGAGCACUUCAACUAGACUUAUUUCAAUAUUAUUUACUAUAAUUAUGAUUAAUGUGGGAGCAGUCAAAAAGAACAAGAGGUGAGGUAUUUUGUGGGCAGAAAGCAAAUGAAAGAAGCAGUGCUUUAUACUGUAUCAACUCUUAAUUUUAUGCUUUUUUUGAUGUAUCUAGGGUAUUCUUUCUUAAUCGUCAUUCAUAAAUAUAGACAAAGUUUGAGUAUCAUAAGUGUUUUUAUGAAAUUGUUGAAUACCAAACUGCCUCCGACACCACUACCUGGCAGAGUUUAAGCAACACAUAGUUGUGAAAGAAAAUUUUAUAAUUGCUUCCUUCUUCUUUUACCCAUUUCUAAUCAUAUAUGCUGAUGGGAAACAGAGUUUGGGGAUUAUCAGAGUUUUCUCUUCUGCCCAUUUCUAAAUCUUACAGAUCAAAAGUAAACACAGGUUUCAUGUUUGUACUGGUGUGCUUGUGCUAAUACAUGAUUCAUUAAAAAUGGCUUUUUGCAGACUUAUUAAUAUUUUAAAAAGUAUAACACUUCUGUAGUUUGGAAGGUUUUAGUAACAAUUAUAUUCCUUCAGUCGUCUGUUACCAGGAUCUACUGGGGGUAAAAAGAGAACUAGUGUGCAAACCGCAGGGGAAGUGGAGUUGGACCGAGGGGACUCUUAACAGUAUUUUCAAUCUAUUCAUUUCCUUACUUCACUGUGAGAAAUGGAAGCAUAUUGUCUUACAUUUAUUGGCUGUUCUUAUAUCUCUAUUAUUUUCAAGUUGAGGUUUCUUCAAUUUAUUAGUGUUUCAAUACUACUUGCAAUUCUAUGGCCUUUAAAUAUAGGACAUAUUGUAUACUAGAAAUCCUGAGUUAUAUGUUAAAAUGUCUUGUGUAUUAUAACACAUUUUGAGAAGAAAAGCUAAAUAAUUCUGUUGGAUUGUUUCUGAUCCUUUUGAUCUUUUUCUUUUUAAAUUCAAGUGUGUUUUAUGCUUAGAAAAAGAACAUGUAUAAUAGCAAGACUGAUUAUUUCUGAGCUGGAAAUUGGAAACUUUGAAACUCAGGAAAUUGCUCUGACAAUGUUUUAACUGCUCUCAACUUAAGAAAAAUGACAUAAUGUAUAAAAACACAAAAAUAAGGUGUACUAUUUUUUCCAAGUGCUUUUUCUAAGUGCUUUUCCAUUGUGCAAUGAGGUGAAGUUUGAUAAUCUUUCUGUGUAGUGGUUAAAUAUUGCUUAGUUUUAUUUACAUCGUAAAGAACACAGAUUUAAAUGUUUAUGUGGCCAAAAAAAUUGUCAUUUAAAUCGUGAAGUAAGUUCAUGUAGAAUGUAUGUUAAUGGUGCUUAUUUUUAAAGUGUAAUUCAAGUUUACAGUAUUACUCAUUGUCUCUGCAGAAUUUAUUAGAGAAACAAGGCUAGAAUACAUCUACAUCCCUAAAAGCCUUUUAUAACUUCACAUUAUAUGAUGACAAAUUUUAUUAUUUACCUUAAAGUUGAGCAAUUGACUUUUAUGGUCCAAAUGAUGAACCCAUUAUUAACAAGUGAUUGAAUUAACCAUGAGACUUCUCAUUAAAAUAUAUUGCAGCUGUCAGUUGGAGAAUAUAUUAUAAAAUUUUCAGGCAGUGUAUCACAAACAAAAUGUUUUUAUUUGUACUGUAAAGAAAAUGUAAUUUUGCUGUUAACUCUGUACUUUUUUAUUGAAAAUGUUUUAUAAGUUUGCUUUUAAAGUUUCUUAUGAAACCAUUUGCAAAUUACAUACCUUAAUUUAAUAAAAUACUUUAGUCACUGUCCAGUGUGAGGAUAUCCUUCAUUUGAUGUGGUAGAGUUAGUGGCUUAAAUAUGAACGUAUAUUUUUAUGUGAAACUUUCUAAUUUCGAGG